AUGGCGCGAGCCACUUGUCUCCUCGCCCUCCUGGGCGUUCUCGGGCGCGCCGCUCCGCUCAACAACAGCUCCUCCAGCAGUGUCAAGGUCAGCUGGAUCGGCGACGCCCCGUCCCAGAACCUCGGUACCACCUUUGGCCUGCCCUGGCCGCAGGGCAAGUACCGGCCCGGCGAGGUCGACUUCCAGAUCUCGGACGGGCAAAACCCGCUUCCGCUCCAGUCAUGGGUCACCGGCUACUGGCGCGACGGCUCCAUCAAGUGGUCGGCGCACGCCAUCCCGAGAACCGACAAGGUCGCCGACGAGUACACCAUCGAGGCCACGCCCGUCUCCAAGCGGAAUCACAACCGCGAGCGGAAGCGCCCGAACCAGACUACCAAGCUGUCCGUGAAGGACGGCAGCAAAGAAGUGACGGUCGACACGGGCAAGAUCACCGUCUCCUUCCCCAAGCAAGGGCGGUACCUGGUCAGCUCAAUCAAGACCUCUGGGGGGAAGACCGUCGGCAAGGACGGCAGACUGGUGCUCUACAGCCAGGACGGGGUCCCGGAGACCGCCGAUGACCGGGCGGAUGCGAAGAUCGAGCGAUACAAGUUCGAGAGUAAGAUCGAGGAGGUCACGGUCAGCAAGAACGACGGCAAGGACAACAACAACAAUGACUCGGUCCGCGCGCUCGUCACGGUGCGCGGCAACCACACGGCCAUCGCGAAGGGCUCUUCUUCUUCCGCCCACGGCGACUGGCUGCCGUUCGUCGUGCGCUUCUAUCUCUACGCCGACUCGGACGCCAUCCGGCUGGUGCACAGCAUCACCUUCGACGGCCGGUACGACCGGGACUUCAUCUCGGGCCUCGGCAUCCAGUUCCGGGUCCCGCUGGGAGGGGAGGAGCUGUACAACCGCCACGUGCGCCUGGCCGGGACCGACGGCGGCUUCCUGAACGAGGCCGUCAAGGGCAUCACCGGUCUCCGGCGCGACCCGGGCGCCGCCGUCCGGACGGCCCAGAUCGAGGGCAAGGCCCUCCCGGCCGAGUCGACGUGGGACACGCGGGUGAGCAGCCGGCUGCGGUGGAUCCCCGCCUGGAACGACUACCGGCUGAGCCAGCUCUCGCCCGACGGCUUCACCCUCAAGAAGCGGACCAAGGCCGGCCAGAGCUGGGUCAAGAUCCCCGGCGGCACCCGGGCGGGCGGGCUCGCCUACCUGGGCGGCGCCACCCGGGGCGGGCUGGCCGUGGCCCUGCGGGAUUUCUGGAAGCGCUACCCGACCGGCCUGGACGUCUCGGGCGCCGCGUCCGACGACGAGGGGCAGAUCACGCUCUGGCUGUACAGCCCCGAGGCGGAGCCGCUCGACCUGCGGCCGUACCACGACGGCAUGGGCCAGGACACGUACGAGAAGCAGCUGGACGCGCUCGAGAUCACGUACGAGGACUACGAGGGCGGCUUCGACACCCCGUACGGCAUCGCCCGGACCAGCGAGGUCUUCCUGUUCGCCUUCGAGGCCACGCCGCCCAGCGACGAGCUGGCCGAGCGAAACGCCCUCGCCCAGGUGCCGCCCGCGCUGGCCGCAUCGCCGGGGUACAUCCGGGAGACCAAGGCGCUCGGGUCGUACUGGGCCCUGCCCGAGAACGACGACGACGGUAACGCGGCCGCCUCGUCCUCGUCCUCGCCCGGCGCCCGGGCCCGGGCCAAGAUCGAGACCAACCUGGACUUCCUGGUGCGGCACUACCAGAAGGAGGUGGAGGCGCGGCGGUGGUACGGCUUCCUCGACCACGGCGACGUGAUGCACACGUACGACGCGGACCGGCACCAGUGGCGGUACGACGUGGGCGGGUACGCGUGGGACAACUCGGAGCUGUCGCCGGACCUGUUCGUGUGGCAGUACUUCCUGCGGACGGGGCGGGCGGACGUGUACCGGUUCGCGGAGGCGCUGACGCGGCACACGGGCGAGGUCGACUCGUACCACAUCGGCGACUGGAAGGGCCUGGGCACGCGGCACGGGGUGGCGCACUGGGCCGACAGCGCCAAGCAGGCGCGCAUCUCGCAGCCGCAGUACCGCAAGUACUUCUUCUACCUCUCCGGCGGCGACGAGCGCACCGGCGAGCUGCUCGAGCACACCCUCGACGCCGACAAGACGUACGGCAUCCUCGACCCGCAGCGCAAGGUGCGCACCGACGGCUGGAAGCCGUCCCCGGGCGCGCCCGUGACCUUCGGCCUGGGCACCGACUGGGCGGCGCUGGCGGCCGGCUGGCUGAUCGAGUGGGAGCGCCGGGGCCCGCGGUGGGAGGAGGCCAGGAGGAAGCUGGAGGGCACGGCGGCGGGCAUCGCGGCGCUCAGGAACGGCUUCGUCACCGGCUCGGGCUCGUACGUGAUCGAGAACGGGACGCUGCUGCCGCCGCCGGCGGACCCGGCCAACGAGGGCGUCGUGGCCAUCUCGCACCUCAACGCCGUCUUCGGCAUGCCCGAGGUCGUCUCGGAGCUGCUCGAGUACUGGGGCGACGAGGCGCCCGCGGGCUUCCGGGCCGCCUGGCUCGACUACGCCUACUACUACGGCGCCACCGCCGAGGAGCAGCGCGCCCGCUACGGCGCCGCCUUCUCGGGCGUCAGCCUCCGCCAGGCCCACUCCCGCCUCGCCGCCUACUACGCCGUCGCCGCCGGCCCCGAGUACAACGCGACCGUCGCCGCCCGCGCCUGGGACGCCUUCCGCACCGGCGACGGCAUCCCGGAGUCGCAGGAGUUCGUCUCGACCCGCGUCCAGGGCAGCGCCGUCCUCCACCCCGUCGACGAGGCCGCCUGGCUUGCCACAAACGACUUUGCCCAGUACGGGCUCGCCAGCAUCCAGAACCUGGCCUACAUCGGUGAUAGUCUUGAGGAUUAGAUUGCUGUAAUAUCUUCUUCAUAACUUAGCUAAUAACGUUUCUUUUUCCCCCUUGGCCUUUUUUUCUUUUUUUGUUUGAUGUGGUGUGGGUUUAUCUGUGUGUGUUUGUGUGUGUGGUGAGCCGAAGGAAGUACCACCCUACAAUAAUCAGGAAAUGCUGUAGGAAUCUGAGUUGGUGAAGUAA